AUGUCAAGGUCGACGACACCUGCGUUACCUCUGCAUAAUGCACCCAGCUUUGAGUCUCCGCGGCCCGCAUCUACCAACCCCCUAGGUGGCCGACCAGAUGCGCCCUCUUCGGCUUCCACCUCCACAUAUUCGUGGCUCGAACCCCACGAAACGGCUGAACGACUUCAUACCUCCCUCUUACAUGGUCUGACACCCGCGGAAGCUGAAAUUCGCCUGGCUCGUGAUGGACCCAACGAAUUGCCUCAUGAAGAGCCGGAACCCCUCUGGCUGCGAUUCUUCAAGCAAUUCAAGGAAACUCUCAUUCUGCUCCUGCUGGGCUCGGCCGGGAUUUCGUUCGUGAUGGGCAACUAUGACGAUGCCAUCAGUAUCACGCUUGCAGUCACAAUCGUUGUAACGGUCGGCUUCGUUCAGGAGUACCGGUCGGAGAAGUCGCUGGAGGCACUGAACCGACUCGUACCUCACUAUGCCCACCUCAUUCGCGAUCUUCCAUCAGCUGCUGGAAAGGAAAACACCGCACUGGGAGACUCUGGCUCGGAAUCAGAGGGAUUGAGGAGCAAGAGCCCUGGCGCGGCGGCCGCUGCGUUGAAGGCCUCGACAACGGUCCCCGCAACGGACUUGGUACCAGGCGACCUAGUUCUGUUCUCUACAGGCGACCGUAUCCCCGCUGACAUCCGCAUCACGAACGCCACCGACCUUUCUAUCGAUGAAUCCAACUUGACCGGCGAAAAUGAGCCCGUGGUCAAGUUUAGCGCCGCUCUCCGCAGUACACUCGGUGGAUCUCUUGCCGCUCCUAGCUCCUUCAAACCUCCCCGUUCGCCAUUCUACGAUGCUCCUGCGACUGGUGCCGUUGGUGCAGACAUCCGCCUCAAUGAGCAGCACAACAUUGCUUUUAUGGGUACUCUUGUUCGCUCAGGCUAUGGCCAGGGGAUUGUGAUUUCAACUGGCGCAAAGACCGAGUUUGGAAGUAUCUCGGCCUCGCUUCAGGAGAUUGAGAGCCCACGAACUCCCCUGCAACUGUCUAUGGAUCGACUUGGUCAGGAAUUGAGUUACAUCUCGUUCGGUGUCAUUGGUUUGAUCGUCGUCAUUGGGCUGCUUCAAGGUCGUAAGCUGCUUGAGAUGUUCACAAUCGGUGUUUCACUCGCCGUGGCUGCCAUUCCCGAAGGUCUCCCCAUCAUUGUUACUGUUACUCUGGCUCUGGGUGUAUUGCGCAUGGCCAAGAGAGGGGCUAUCAUGCGACGACUUCCUAGCGUCGAAACCCUCGGUUCCGUCAAUGUUGUCUGCAGUGACAAGACAGGAACACUUACACUGAACCAUAUGACGGUGACAAAGAUGUGGCACUUUGACUCUACUGAACCAUUUGAAGUCCAACGGGAUAUGACCUCCGUCCUCUCGCCUGGUCCUGCUGCUCAAACCAUUCUGCGAGUUGGUAAUAUUGCAAACAAUGCUCGGCUCUCCCGUAUCCACGCCAACUCUCCCGCAAGUGCCUCGUCUGCGGCCGUUCUUUCUUCUACCGUUGACCGAAACUCGAGCGCCGUGAAAAGCCGUUGGGUUGGACAGCCGACCGAUGUCGCCAUUCUCGAUUUGCUGGAUAUCCUGGGCGAGGACGAUGUCCGUGAUCGCAUCAAAGCUCGCGUUUCCGAGACACCGUUUAGCUCGGAGCGCAAGUGGAUGGGUGUGAUCAUUGGUAGUGGCAGCUCCGGCGAUUCAGAUGUUGCAUACAUCAAGGGUGCCGUCGAACAGGUUCUGGCUCGCACAGAUACCUAUCUGACCAAGGACGGUCGUGAAGUCAUCCUGGAUGAACCUCGCCGUAACACUAUUCGCGAAGCUGCUGAGCACAUGGCCAGCGAGGGCCUGCGAGUUCUUGCUUUUGCUAGCGGCUCGGUUCGGGACACAUCCCGGGGCAUGAGGGGAUUCAACAGCCGGUCCAAUACCCCCAGAGGCAGCCCUGCUGAUGAUGACGACCGCUACAACGGAUUGGUGUUUGCCGGUCUUGUUGGCAUGAACGACCCUCCUCGUCGGGAUGUCCACAAAUCGAUCCGCCGUUUGAUGUCAGGUGGUGUCCGAGUUAUCAUGAUUACCGGUGACGCGGAAACCACUGCAGUGGCUAUCGCUAAGAAACUUGGAAUUCCCGUCAAUGAGUCUGGCGGUGCACGAUCUGUUCUCCGCGGUGAUGAACUCGACCACAUGACCACAGGCGAGCUGGCCCAGGCGAUUGCUACCACUUCCAUCUUCGCCCGAACUAGCCCCGAUCACAAGAUGAAAAUUGUACGCGCGCUUCAGUCCCGUGGCGAUGUGGUUGCCAUGACUGGUGACGGAGUCAAUGAUGCCCCCGCUCUAAAGAAGGCCGAUAUUGGCAUUUCAAUGGGCAAGCUUGGCACGGAUGUUGCCAAGGAGGCUGCGGACAUGAUUCUCACGGAUGACGACUUUUCAACUAUUCUGCGUGCCAUUGAGCAAGGCAAGGGCAUUUUCUACAAUAUUCAAAACUUCAUCACCUUCCAGUUGAGCACCAGUGUCGCUGCCCUCAGUCUGGUCCUGCUUAGCACUACCCUCGGCUUCAAGAAUCCACUCAAUGCCAUGCAGAUUCUGUGGAUCAUCAGACAUUCUCAUGGACGGACCCCCGCCCAAUCUCUCGGUGUCGAACCCGUCGACCCAACAAUCAUGAACCGUCCCCCACGCCCCAAGACCGCGCGGGUCCUCACGAAACCUCUCAUUCAGCGAGUCCUCACUUCCGCCAUGGUCAUCAUGCUAGGCACACUCGCCAUCUACAUCCACGAAAUGGGCGACAUCGACGACGGCCAGCCCAUCGGCAAGCGCUCCCGCGUCGUAACCGCCCAUGACACAACCAUGACAUUCACCUGCUUCGUCCUUUUUGACAUGUUCAACGCCCUUACCUGCCGCAGCGAAGGAAAAUCCGUCCUGCGCGGCGAAAUCUCCCUCCUCGGCAACAAGAUGUUCAACUACGCCGUUCUCGGCUCGCUGGCCGGGCAAGCCUGCGUCAUCUAUUUGCCUUUCCUCCAGCGCAUCUUCCAGACCGAGCCGCUGAGCUUCGGAUCGCUCUUCAAGCUGAUCUGCCUUGCCAGCUCCGUGUUCUGGGUCGAUGAGGGACGUAAGUACAUGCAUGCGCUCCAGCGUCGACGCGGCCUGGGCGUUGGAUAUAGUGCCAAUGUCUGA